AGGUGUCCUGGCCAAUGGCAGCGGGAGGCGAUGCAUAUAAAGCAGGCUCAGAGGGACAGCGGGUACCUGGUGACAGGAUCGGGCCCUCGUGGGACAGCAGCACCCAGAGGUUCACUUCCAGAUGGCAGCGGGACCGCAGGCAGCAAUGGCACAGGUGGGCAGCCCAGGUCUCAUCUCGGCCACCGAGAUGCUGGUGGCAGCUGCCACUUUCUGCCUGCUCCUGCUGCUGACCCAGACCCGCCGGCAGCACACACCCAAGGGGCUGCGCAGACCCCCGGGUCCCCGUGGGCUCCCACUGCUGGGCAGUGCGCUGGAGCUGAGGAAGGACCCACACCUGGUGCUCACCCAGAUGAGCCGCAAAUACGGGGAUGUGAUGGAGGUGACCAUCGGCUCCCGGCCCGUGGUGGUGCUCAGCGGGCUGGAAACCAUCAAGCAAGCCUUGGUGAGGCAAGCAGAAGACUUCAUGGGGCGCCCCAAACUGCCCAGCUUUAAGUACAUCUCCAAUGGCCACAGCCUGGCAUUCAGCUACGAAUGUGGGGAAAUGUGGAAAGCCCGUAGGAAGCUGGCACAGAACGCCCUGAAGACCUUCUCCAUCGCUGCCAGCCCCACAGCCUCCUCCAGCUGCCUCCUGGAGGAGCACGUCACCAACGAGGCCAGCUACCUGGUCACCAAAUUCCUGCAGCUGAUGGAGGAGAAGCAGAGCUUUGACCCCAACAGCUACCUGAUUGUAUCAGUGGCCAACGUCAUCUGCGCCAUUUGCUUUGGCAAGCGCUACGACCACGACGACCAGGAGCUGCUCAGCGUGGUGAACAUGAACACUGAGUUUGGGGAUGUGGUUGCUGCUGGCAACCCAACUGACUUCAUCCCAUUGCUCCGGUACCUCCCCAACCGUGCCAUGGCUGCCUUUAAGGAUGUCAACGCUCGUUUCAAUGCCUUCAUACAGAAAAUUGUCCAGAACCAUUACACUACCUUUGACAAGGAGCACAUUCGGGAUGUCACCGACUCGUUGAUUGGGCACUGCCAAGAGAAGAAGACAGGGGAGGAUGUCCGUGUCCAACCCUCUGAUGAAAGCAUCAUCUCCAUCGUCAACGACCUCUUUGGGGCAGGCUUUGACACCGUGACAACCACCCUGUCUUGGUGCAUAAUGUACGCUGCCUUGUACCCUCACAUCCAGAAGAAGAUUCAGGCAGAGCUGGAUCAGACCAUCGGCUGCGAGAGGAGACCACGGCUGUCUGACCGAGGCAUACUGCCCUACACAGAAGCCUUCAUCCUGGAGGUGUUCCGGCACUCCUCCCUCCUGCCCUUCACCAUCCCACAUAGUACAACGAAAGACACUGUACUGAAUGGUUAUUACAUCCCCAAGGACACCUGCGUAUUUGUCAACCAGUGGCAAGUGAACCACGAUGAGAAGAUCUGGAAGGAUCCCUCCUCCUUCAAGCCCGAGCGCUUCCUCAAUGCAGCCGGCACCGAAAUCAACAAGACGGAGGGUGACAAGGUGGUGAUCUUUGGCCUGGGGAAGAGGCGGUGCAUCGGGGAGUCCAUCGGGCGCUGGGAGGUCUUCCUCUUCCUGAGCACCAUCCUGCAGCAGCUGGAGGUCAGCCUGGCCCCCGGGCAGCAGGUGGACGUCACCCCUCAGUACGGGCUGACCAUGAAGUACAAGCAGUGCGAGUGCUUCCAGAUGAAGAAGCGCUUCCCCACCAAGAGCUCUGCGUGAGGAGGGAGGAGGGAGCCAAGCCUUGUGGGGUUGAGGGCACAGAGAUGCUCCCAUCUCCGCAAUGCUUCGCUGCAGGCAUCCACACCCCUCUGCUGUGCUUGGGAUGAGUGCCCUGAAAUGACUUCACGCAGGGGAUCCCUCAGCAUUUGCACACUGGUGGCAGCCUGACUACUAGAAAUUCAUUAUAUAAGUAGUGCUGCUCGCACAUGAAGGAAUUAGCUGGCCUCCUAAUGAGAAGCCUCCUAGGAAAUGCCAAAUGAAUGAAAAGAAGGGACACAGAGCAAUAAGAGGCACAGGAAAAUACUUCUGGCUUCCAGAUUAUGCAUUAUGCUGCCUUUUUUUUCUUUUUUUUUCCCCAAUAGAUUUAUGCGUUAUGACUAAUAAGGGUUAAGUAAGGGUUUGAGGAUUGCAGGGCAAAUCCUCCUGGCAAAUGUUGCGUCAGUACCUGUUUUCUGUGUCCUGCAUAAAAAGGCAUUCAUUUACAGAGGUAAAAGCUGCCUAGGUUUUCUAAACUAAUAAACACGAAAGUUUCUUGCA